UUGGUUUGCACGACGACCCCACGUCUACACUCACGUAGCGUCGGUACAACAAGUCGCAGGAAUCCUUCGAGCACCACGGGCUGCAAACAAGUCACUUCCAACGGUGGCAAGGCAUCGGUGUAGCCUGGGUUCAGUGCCAAAGCUAACCAGCGCGUUAGGUCUCCAAUCUUGGCCGUGUCGCCUUUGGCCCAGUCAUCCAUGAGUCGUUUCCAAGGCAGUGAUCCAAGUGAGUACGGCAAGGGAUCGUCAAAGUUGUUGAUGGUGGUCCAGCCGGGCGAGUCGUGAGCUUGCAUGGCUGCUAGUAAAUUGGAGUGCACGUCGGUGAGCAGCCGGCGUAUCGUUUGCUGUGUGGCUGCCGCGAGCACUACUGGCGGCGUUUUCCCACCGACGGAUGACAUUUUCUGCGUGCUGUCAAAUGCCCCAGUGACGACUCGAAUGAGUGACACGAGCGACAUUUCGACCGCUUCGAUUGCGUCUUGGUAUCGCAGCGGUACAUUGGUGGACUUUGCGUUAGGUAGAGCUCCUGCAUGCCCUUCGGCAAUUGUCGGUAACCCAACUGACAUCAUGACGGGGCUCUGCAGCUUGAGGGGGUGCAUGAGCCUCCGACUGGCAGGAGCGACCACAACUUCCUGUUCACGACUCGUUUGCUUUUCUUCGACGUAAGCGUCGGGCGACCGCUUCAACGACACGGCCGACUGUUGGUUUGAAUUGGACGAUCGGCUUUGCCUUUCGCGUCGUUGGUCCUUACAACUUUGCAGCCCAUCUAACGCCCGCAUGCGCUUUUCGAGAUGCUCCAUCUUUUUUCGGAGCGCGUCUUGCUGGGCUUCCAACGCCUUGGCCUUGCGCUCGUACCGCGCAAGGAGGUGCUUUCGCCACCACCGCUGGAGCACAACGAGGCCCAUCGAAGACAGCCCUGCAAAUGAAAGAAUGUUGAAGCAAUGUUGGCUUUGUUGUUUGUAAUUGCUGACAGCUUGC